AGGGGACCGGAAGGUGUGACUACUUUCGCACUGUUUUUUUUUUUUUUUUUUUUUUUAAAUAUAUAUAUAAGGCAGCUUUUCAGUUUUCGGUUGAAGAAACAGGCCUUUUGAGAUGGGCGACAAAGCGGGGACCAGAGUCUUUAAGAAGUCCAGCCCCAACUGCAAGCUUACAGUCUACUUGGGCAAAAGGGACUUUGUGGAUCAUCUAGAUCAUGUGGAUCCAGUUGAUGGAGUACUUUUGGUCGACCCAGAAUACCUUAAAGACAGAAAAGUGUUUGUGACCCUGACGUGUGCAUUUCGGUAUGGCCGAGAGGAUCUGGAUGUUUUAGGAUUGUCCUUCAGAAAGGACCUUUACAUCUCCACCUUCCAGGCUUUUCCUCCACUGCCUGAGGAGCGCAAACCCCUCAGCCGCCUGCAGGAGCGCCUGCUCAAAAAGCUAGGCCAGCAAGCACACCCCUUCAACUUCACUAUUCCUCAAAAUCUUCCUUGUUCCGUCACUUUACAGCCAGGACCAGAGGACACAGGCAAGGCAUGUGGUGUAGAUUUUGAGAUCAGAGCUUUCUGUGCCAAAACAGUGGAGGAGAAGAUUCACAAGAGAAACUCUGUGCGACUGGUGAUCCGUAAGGUGCAGUAUGCUCCAGAGAAGCCAGGACCACAGCCUAUGGUGGAGACCACACGCAGCUUCCUCAUGUCUGACCGCUCACUCCACCUGGAGGCUUCUCUCGACAAAGAGCUCUACUACCAUGGAGAACCCAUCAGCGUCAAUGUCCACGUCACCAACAACUCCACCAAAACUGUCAAGCGAAUCAAAAUCUCAGUGCGACAGUAUGCUGAUAUCUGUCUGUUCAGUACUGCACAGUACAAAUGCCCCGUGGCUCAGGUAGAAGCCGAUGAUCAGGUGUCCUCCAGCUCCACGUUCUGUAAGGUGUACACGCUCACCCCGACGCUGACCAACAACCGAGAGAAGAGGGGUCUAGCACUGGAUGGCAAGCUCAAGCACGAGGACACAAACUUGGCCUCCAGUACUAUUGUGAAGGAUGCCUCCAAUAAAGAGGUUCUGGGUAUCCUGGUGUCCUACAGAGUUAAAGUUAAACUGGUUGUCUCUCGUGGAGGUGAUGUGGCAGUAGAGCUUCCCUUUGUUCUGAUGCACCCUAAGCCCUCUGUCAACGAUGACUCAAGACCACAGUCAACUGUGCCAGAGACGGACGCUCCUGUGGACACUAACCUGAUAGAGUUCGAGACAAAUAACUUCUCUCAGGAUGACGACUUUGUGUUUGAGGACUUUGCACGGCUGAGGCUGAAGGGAAUGAAAGAUGAUAAAGAUGAGGAUGACCACUUCUGCUAACCCUGUGUGGAGAGAGCUGGAUCGAAGGGGCUCUGAGUGUCAGUACUACUACACCACCAUUCCACUGGGCCGAUCUGAAAGAGCAGGACGCUCACCUGAGCAUCUUGUCUCCAUUUAUUAGAAACCUUUUUUGUCCCUUGCCCCUCUCCCUGUACCUUUGCCUAUGUGAUGCUGUUGUCUUUUAGUUUUUAAGUAAAGGAGCUAAUUUGUUCUUUUGAAACCCUGUGAGAAAGGAAAGCUAUCAGGCUAAAUUAAACUGGUUAGGAAGGUCUAUGAACCAUCUUUGAACAGAGGAUCCAUUAAUUCAGGGGUGUUUUUUUAUCUAGUUUAUACCCCCUCCCCUUCCCCACUGCAAAUUGAGUGGGCAUUACAUGCUUUGUAAUAAUAAUGUAAUAACAGGUAAAAUGUUACUUAUAGGGAAGAUGAACUUGAGAAUUGUAUUUCUUUCUCACAUUCAGUGUAGACCACAGAGACUUUUUCUUUCAAUGUUUUAGCGUAUGAUUUUAUAGUUAUGUAAAACAUACAUAUCGCACCAACAUAUUGAAGAAAUGACUGUGUGAAUAGGAGAGCAUUCAAUAGUCGGCCAUUAGUUAUGGCACCUUCGUGUGAAUUGAGCUUGUGUGUGUGUGUUUUAAAUAAACACAGACAGACAGUGAAAGCUCUGGUUCCUGAGGCUUAUUGCUGUUACAUGCAGCAUAGUUAACCCAUCAUCUGGAGCUGCUAUGUGUGCUAAAGCCUCUCUAGUUUUAAAUUGCCAAAUUUAGCACCUAAUUGAGUUUGUUGUUCAGGUGUCAUUUGUAGCUGCUUCUUUUACCUUUUAUUCAAAUUCAUUUAGUGCCAAUCCCUCAAUUUAAUCUCAGCCCAGUAAAGAGUGCCAGAUUUAGAUUUUUUUUUAAAACAUUUCAAUGUUUUAAUAUUUAACCUACUGAUUUAAAGCACUUUUUUUUAUUACUUCUGUUGGGAUUCAUUGUCCGUGAAGACGAACUGUUACACAGGUGUAAUCACAUGCUGACUCUUCUGCUCCACCUUGUGUCUAAUAGAAAUGCUCUGCUGUGUUUUCAAGCAACAAGCAUCAUUCUCCAAUUCCUGCUCAGCUGUGUACUCACCCAUGAUCAACUAUUAACCAGCAUCUAUUAUUGAUUACUAUUUUUAUAUAUAACCUCCAUUAUUAUUGUUCGUUACACUCUCUUUAGUUGAAGAAAUAUUUUCACUGAAGACAUGACCACUGCUAAUGAAUCUUAAGUCCACAUAUGUUUUGUUUUCAGUUUUGCUCUUCAAACCUUUUCUUGUUUGAGGAAGUGAGAAACUACUGAGUUGACCACUUAUUAUUAUGUUAAAUUCUGGUAAAAUAGUUUUUGUUUGUUUUUUGUUGAAUGUUUCAUUUAAAAAAAAAUCAACAUCAUUAAACUAACCAGAAAUUGCUGUAUGCCCCAUUUUGCUUAGAGCAGAGCAGGUCACAGAAAUCAUGUACAUGAUUGUCCAUUAAGGCCUGUUAUGUUGUAUUGUGUUAUGUUGUGGUUUUGCCUCCAGACCUGUUCAGUGUUGUGUGAAUUAUUUUCUUCAUUCGUUAGUUCAGCCAACAACACGACAGGAACCUACUUGUGUAACCUCAUUUUGAAAAGAUUUUUCAAGCUUUUUAGGACUUGUUUUUUAACAGAUGUCACAGAAUGGUGCUGUACAGAAUUAAAUAAACAGAAAGUUAGAGAUCAGGAGAAGAAUGUUUCUUUACCAGACUCGAGCCAGAAUCUAGGGCUACACAAUUUCUAUUGAGAUUUCGAGAAGAGUUAGUGGAUCUAAGGAUAUAAGCUCCAGGUCACACAAGAGCACACUGUAUGUCACACAAUGUUAUUUAUAGUCACAAUAGGAGUUGAAAUAUGCCAUGAAAAACAAAUGAUUGAUUCAUGUAAUGAUGUUUGCAUAUGUGUAAAUUUUGUUGAUUGUCUGCUGUCAAAUUUUAAAGGCUUUUUAAUUUUAUCAUUUAUGUUAUAAAAUGGCAGGGAGAAUAUUAUCAGAUGGACGAAAAUAUCUUUGUCCUUAUGUGAGUGCUUUGCUAGAAUGCCAUGCAUGCAUUCAAAGGCAGCAGUAGAUUUUGGGAACGUUGUGUUCUUGUGAUAGAGCGUGCUCUUAAACCAUCUUCAUGUAUAACCUUUUUUUUUUUUUUUUUUUUA